AUGCAUCUCAUUCCAACUAUCUUGAUCGCCGCCAUCCUGACCGGCCUGCUCAAACUAAGCAACGCCGCAUCCUGUGGCAGAGGCAAUGUCCAUGGCAAGUGCCAGCAAGCGGUGUGUUCAGCAGGUACUUCUUUGAUCACAUCCGGGCUCUCACAGACCUGUCCCAGUAGCCCCUCGGGCUUACACUGCUGUCUCCCCGUGAAUCCAAUCAUUACAUAUAUCUCAGCUGUUUAUGCUGCUGCAGUGAAAUACAAGGCCCAGGCGCUCCUGUCUUUGGCGGAUGAAAAUCAGCUCGUCAUGGAAUGGCUACGACACAAGGACUACAACAACUUGGACUGGGACCUUAUGGUCGGGACCAUCGACAAGGCCUGGAUCACUUACGGGACGAAAUUGGGCUUGCCAUACGGUACAGCUUUCCCAGACCCGUUUUUCAAUGGCGUCAACGAACACUCAGCCCACCUUGGAGCGGCAAUGGAUGCGAUCUACCGCCAAGAUAUAUCAUCAUGGGGCAUGUCUGAAAUUGCCGGCUGGGCUGGUGACCUUUACCAGUUCUACGACGAUUGGCAAGACGCCACUAUCCGGCAUCCGAAAAAAUACCCACCCUCCGACAGGGAAUCGGGCUACAAAUUCUGCAAAGAUUGGCUGGCCAACAAACCCGACACCUCACAUUUCACUAUCAGAGACCUCGAAGAAGAUAUCGACGCGUUCAGUAUUGUGCUUUCGCUGAAAGAAGACCCAAGCUCUAGGAUAGAUGUCGUCGCCAAAGACUACUAUUCCCCUCCUAAGGGAGCGGCUACUAAACGCGACAGAUUCAAGGACUUCUUCGACGCUAGAUUUGGUGGUGAUCCGGCAACAGCAAGUGCGGAGGCAAUGAGAUACCUCACUACGCAGGAUAUUCUCAUCAAAACCGCGAGACUUGGGGUCAUCAAAGCAAUCCAGCCUUCGAAGAUCGACCAGAAGCAACUUCACAGGUUCUGUGACGGCUUCGCGGACGUGUUGGAAAGUUUGGCAGUCACUGGGCAACGGACGAUUCCAAAAUGCUCAGACGACGUGGGCACGGAUCCGUUGAAUUGUGGCCAAUGCGGGAAAGUGUGUGCUUCCGGAAGUUGCACAGACAGCGAGUGUGAGCCAGCUCCUCCGCUCCGCGAGCCGCCUUCCUGGUUUUUCUCCGCGGAAGAGUAUAAUUAUGUCUUCGACUCAACGGAGCUGGUCCAGGAAGACUGGCCUUAUUUCCUGACCGAGGAUGGCCACCUCACAGCGAACACUAAGUGCGCCACCGUCAAAGCCACAGCCGACCUGACGACUCUCCCGGGUGACGAGAGCGUCAUUCCAGCCAAAGCAGACCUUAUGUUCCAAUCUGGCAACCACAUCUUUCCCGGAGUUUGCUGUCUCGAAUACUACUCCAAUGCGAAUUGCGCAAAAACGACAGGACAGUACAAGGUCAGGUGCGACGAUUUCAGCCUUUAUGGACAAGGCGGCAGUGAGUUUGUGAUUCGAUCGUGGCGUGUCUCUGGCUGUGGUCCAGAUCCACCCAAGUCUGGGGACGGGAAGUAG